AUGCCGGGCGUCUACCUCCCAAAACAAUGGGAUUUGGCCGGAUGUGCGAUUGCCGUUAGAGAUUCGGAUUGGCCGUAUUUGCCGGAGACUUCAAAAAUCGAACCCGGUGAUGUCAUCUUGGGCCUAAAAUCAAACGGACUGCACUCUAAUGGCUUUUCAUUGGUGCGAAAAAUCCUUAAGGUCAACAAAAUCCGCUACGAUAAUGUGGUACCCUGGGGAAAAGAUACUUUUGGCGGAUUACUGCUAAAACCCACACGAAUCUACGUCCGAUCCGUACUUCCACUGAUGAAAGAGGGCUUGAUUAAAGCUGCCGCUCACAUUACUGGAGGAGGGAUUACAGAAAACGCUACAAGGGUUCUGGAUAAAGACGGAAACGUAGCGCUUGAAAUUGACGCGUCGGCUUGGGAAAAGCAAGAGAUAUUCGAUUGGCUUGGGUCGAUGGGUCCGGUGGAGGCGAAGGAAUUAUUACGCACAUUUAAUUGUGGAAUCGGGAUGACACUGGUCGUUUCUAAAGAGAAAGCUGAUGAAGUCCAGCGCCGAAUAGUCAAAAGUGGAGAAUCGGCCUAUCAGAUUGGCAGCGCUAUUGAGAGAGCUUCAGAGGCCCUCAUAACCUACAAAAACCUCGAAAACGCCUUCAAGCUGACGAAAUACGUCCGCGAGACCCGUAAAAUCCGCGUCGGCAUCCUGAUUUCUGGGGCCGGUUCGAAUAUGCAGAGGUUGAUCGAGAGGGCGCAGCGGCCGGGCAGUAACUGUGAGGUGGUCCUUGUCAUCUCCAACAACCCAGACGCUGGAGGGCUGGAAAUUGCUCAGAAAAUGCAGGUCUCCACGGCCGUUGUUCCGCAUACGACAAUUCGAGAAGAAGGGGAUAUGAAAAUGUCGGAGGUCCUCAAACUCCACGGCGUCGAGCUGAUCUGCCUGGCCGGCUAUAUGCGAAUUUUGUCCGGCCAAUUUGUGAAGGAAUGGGAAAACAAGAUGAUUAACAUCCACCCAUCGCUGCUGCCUGCUUUUCGAGGUGGUCACGCCGUUCGGGAUACGAUUGCGGCCGGUGUGAAGGUAGCUGGGUGCACGGCGCACCUUGUGGUGGAGGAAAUCGAUGCCGGCGCGAUCAUUGCACAAUCGGUCGUUACUGUGAAAGCGGGUGAUACGGAAGAAACUUUGCAUGAGAGGAUCAAGGAAAAAGAGCACUCCCUGUUCCCCGAUGCGAUGGAGCUGGUCGCCGAGCAAAUGUUGGAAAGGGCC